UAGACAACCCAUAGGUGAACUCAGUAUAAUUUCAUAUAACUAUAUAAGCGAUGGCAGGUUCCAACCUUUCAUCUUACCGCCUUCCUGCGGAAGGAUCAAAAUGUAGUCGUAGAUUUGUCAAGAUUUCUACGUUCUGUAUCGCCCUUGUUGCUAUUUUAAAUGUUAGUAGAGGAACAGUAUACUGUGCUGAUGCCUCUGUUGGACAAUCUAGUAAAAUUUCAAGAACGCAGUCUUCUGAAAGUGCUCAAACUACCCAUAGCCAAACCAGGACGGUUAAGUAUGUAGAUGAUGCGUACGCUAGAAACUACGUAGACGCUAUGCUUCAACAGCUUCCGGAGCCCAUUAAAGCUCAGGUUACCAAAGAGGAUUAUGAAAGAUUUGUUGAACACCUGCAAAAGGCAAGAAGAAAUCGUAAGCAGCACACUCCAAAAUACUUGUUGAAAUGCUUUGGAAGAGAUGUUUUGUCUCACAUUUUGAGGAGAGGAGGUGAUUAUUUGUUGCGCGAAUUGAUUCCUAUCGACGAGGAGGCAGACGCCGGUAGUAGCCCGAUUCCUGAUUAUUUAUAUGGUGGAUACGGAUAUGAUUCUAAAAAUUUCUGGAGCAAUCUUUUCCACUUCGACCUAAACAACGACAGGAUCAGUGGUCUCAAUUGGAGCAAUAUGCUCAACCACUUGAUUCCACCUUUCCUUCCUAAGGAACCUUACCCUAUCGCACCUGUCAGACCAAAUUACUGUUCAUGUGUUGUACCAUGCAACGGUAUUUGCAUUAGGCCGCAAAUUCCAAGGGACCCACCAAUGAAGCCACUACCUGUAGAGCCUGAGGCUCCUGUAGUUCCCGCUGCUCCGGCAAGCCCUGAACCCAAACCUGCAACACCAGAAGCACCUCCUGCUCCAGCACAACCCGAGCCUACGCCGGUAAAACCGGAAGAACCACCUGCUGCGGCACCUGAACCCGCACCUGUAACUCCGGAAGAGCCUCCUGCUGUGGUACCUGAACCCGCACCUGCAAAACCGGAAGAAACCCCUGCUCCAGCGAGUCCCGAACCCCAACCUGUAACUCCGGAAGAAACCCCUGCUGCGACACCUGGGCCAUUGCCUUCCCCAUGUGGUUGCGUGCCAUGCUGCCCUGGUAUUUGCAUCAACGCUCAGGAGAGUAAAAUACCAACAAUUGAACCAGUCAAGCCUACAACCGUAAACAACUUUGAUGAUGCUAUCGAUGAGUUGGCUAGCUCACUUGCUGUGCCACCUGCAGUUGAAGAGGAACCAAUUAAAUUGCCCCCAACCCUUGUUGUAGAGGAACCCAUAGUGCCUACGAACAUUAUUCCUUCAGGCCCGGUUCCUGAUGUAGUUUUGCCAGAGAAUCCACAACAAUGCCCAUGUGUUUGCGUGCCACAAUGCCCAGGUUCCUGCGCCAGGCCCCAAAUGCCAGCACACAAACCCAGCAAACCAGCCGUAGUAGAACCAAAGGAUCCCAUUGAUGAGCUUAUUGACUUUGAACCCCCUAAGCCCUGUAACGAAGAUCCCAUCGUCCCUGUUGAUUCUGUUUUCAACCCAGCACAAGGAAUCACCAAUAUGGACAUCAACCAAGAAAUGAUCGAAGUAAAUCUACACUGCCGCAAAAUUCUCAGACAAUUAUGUGAGGUUCUGCCUACAGAAGUCUUAUGUAAGCUUCCCCCAAUAAGCACUAUCAAACUUCCAUUGUACUUGGCCAUACAUCUUUACGAUAAGGAAGACGCUGAUGAACUAUCUUUCGGCCUAAGGAAACAGGUUGCACGCUAUUUGGCCAACGUCGCUGCAGACAACUUGAAAACUGAGAGUGGUGCUCCAGCAUCUAAUUUGGAGAAAGUACACCACAGCAACGGUUUAUUCACCAGCAUUGUCGUGCACUGGAUGUGAAUAGUUAAAACCGCAUUUUUAAACGUUCCAGUAAAUUUCUUACAUAACCC